AGAUACACAAAGCGAAAAUGAAGUGCCUGGUUUUUGUGGUCCUUCUGGGACUUUUGAUAGCAAUCUUUGCAGGAUCCUCGGAGGGCAACCUUUGUACCUGCGAUCUGAAGACAAAGUCGAUGGAAGUUUGCGGCUCGAACGGAGUCACCUACAAGAAUCGCUGCGAGUUCGAGUGCACUCAGCGGGAUUACAAGAAACUCGGACGGACUCUGAACAUCCGGAGCAUGGGAUCCUGCAGUGUACCAGAUAACUGAAAAACAAUGUUGCAGGCUUCUCCGAAUUAAAUGCGUGCUGUGAGAUUAUAUUUUGAAUGAAUGUAUUACUAAAACAUUUUAUAUACUCAUCUCGAACAAAAAACGUUUAAUGUUAUUGUAAUCAGUUUGUAUACUCACGUGAGCCUUUAUAAAAAAAGAUAUUCCAAAUAAACAAAACUAUGGAAAUUAAA